GUUUCAGGGUACACCGGCAGUGCCAACAUAGCCGCACGGUCGCACAGCCUCCUGAUAGCCUAUUAGAGAAGGGAGGCGUAACCGGCAACACUGAUCACCGCAUCGUUCCCGACUUUCCGCGGAGCUCAACGCGACAUACAGUAGGUGGAGAUUCGGCAUUUCUAGUCGCGGUGCGUAGCCACUGCAUGUCACUAGGUUUGUAAUAUAUGCGAUUUAUUCUGACGCGAGAAGCUGGUCGUUGAAAGGAACAGAAAAUGCCAGCGGUGCGCGGAGACGGAAUACGCGGGCUGGCAGUUUUUAUAUCGGACAUCCGAAACUGCAAAAGCAAAGAAGCUGAGAUCAAGAGGAUCAACAAAGAGUUAGCAAACAUACGGUCCAAGUUUAAAGGCGACAAAACAUUGGAUGGAUACCAGAAGAAGAAAUACGUAUGUAAGCUGCUGUUCAUAUUUUUGCUUGGUCAUGACAUCGACUUCGGUCAUAUGGAGGCCGUGAACCUCCUUAGUUCGAACAAAUACUCCGAAAAGCAAAUUGGAUAUCUCUUCAUUUCUGUGUUGCUGAAUGAAAACAGUGAGUUGAUGCGGCUCAUUAUACAGUCUAUCAAGAAUGACCUGUGCGCCCGCAACCCAAUUCACGUCAACCUCGCAUUGCAGUGUAUUGCCAACAUCGGCAGUCGCGAAAUGGCAGAAACUUUUGGAAGCGAAAUACCGAAGCUCUUGGUGUCCGGUGAUACGAUAGACGUAGUAAAACAGAGCGCAGCCCUGUGCCUACUUCGCCUCCUGAGAACACUGCCGGAUAUCACACCCAGCGGCGAAUGGACGUCGCGCAUCAUCCACCUCCUGAACGACCAGCAUAUGGGGGUGGUAACGGCGGCCGUUAGCCUCAUCGAUGCGCUCGUGAAGAAAAAUCCCGAUGAGUAUAAGGGAUGCGUCUCUCUUGCCGUUUCCAGACUCAGUCGCAUUGUGACUGCUUCUUACACGGAUUUGCAAGAUUACACCUACUAUUUUGUUCCGGCCCCGUGGUUGAGCAUGAAGCUUUUACGUCUGUUGCAGAAUUACCCGCCCCCCGAUGACCCUGGCGUGCGCGGGCGCCUCAACGAGUGCCUCGAGACGAUCCUCAAUAAAGCGCAGGAGCCACCGAAGUCUAAAAAGGUGCAACACUCAAAUGCAAAAAAUGCUGUACUCUUUGAGGCUAUUUCACUUAUCAUCCACAUGGACAGGCUUGGAGCUGUUAUAGAGCCCAAUCUCCUGGUUCGUGCUUGCAACCAGCUAGGUCAGUUUUUACAGCAUCGUGAGACUAAUCUGAGGUACCUUGCCCUAGAGAGCAUGUGCCUGCUUGCCACCUCGGAGUUCUCUCAUGAGGCCGUGAAGAAGCACCAGGAAACAGUUGUUAAUGCCCUCAAGACAGAACGUGACGUCAGCGUGAGACAACGUGCUGUGGACCUCCUUUAUGCUAUGUGUGACAAGUCCAAUGCAGAAGAAAUUGUGGCAGAGAUGCUUGCUUAUCUCGAGACAGCAGACUACUCUAUCCGGGAAGAGAUGGUCCUCAAGGUGGCCAUCCUUGCAGAGAAGUAUGCCUCUGACUACACUUGGUACGUAGAUGUCAUACUUAACCUGAUACGAAUUGCUGGAGAUUAUGUGAGCGAAGAAGUAUGGUACAGAGUCAUCCAAAUUGUCAUCAACAGAGAAGAUGUUCAAGGCUAUGCUGCCAAAACAGUGUUUGAAGCACUUCAAGCACCUGCCUGCCACGAGAACAUGGUCAAGGUAGCAGGAUACAUCCUGGGUGAAUUUGGCAAUCUUAUUGCAGGAGACCAGCGAUCAAGCCCACUCAUUCAGUUCCAGCUCCUCCAUUCAAAGUAUCAUCUUUGCUCUGCUAGCACCCGAGCACUAUUGCUUACAACAUACAUCAAGUUCAUAAACUUGUUCCCGGAAAUCAAGCCAGAGAUACAGGGCAUCCUCCGCAGUAGCAACAACAUACGCUGUGCAGACUCUGAACUUCAGCAGCGUGCUGUUGAGUAUCUUAACUUGAGCCAGGUUGCUUCACCAGACGUCUUAGCCACCGUGCUUGAAGAGAUGCCACCAUUCCCUGAGAGAGAGUCUUCAAUCUUGGCCAUCCUUAAACGGAAGAAGCCCGGUGUAACAGAGGGAAUCAAUGCAAGCAAUAAGGAUAACCUACGAGCUGGUCCCCUACUUGCAGACACUGCCACUGCCAAUGGGACAACAGCUGCUACAGUAGACUUGUUGGGCUUGUCCCUAGAUGCCCCACCACCUCCUUCUCAGGCACCAGCACCAGCAGGAACAACAGCUUGCCUUGUUGACGUUUUUGAAGAUGGUGCAACAUUAACACCUGGUGGCAGUGCAGUUGUUGUCACCAACGAAGAGGGACUUCGAAAACUGGUGUGCAAGCACAAUGGUAUCCUGUUUGAGAAUGACUUGCUGCAAAUUGGAGUAAAGGCAGAGUACAGACAAAAUCUUGGUCGGCUAGGCCUCUUUUAUGGUAACAAAACUGGUUCUCAGUUUCAGCGUUUCAUACCUAACCUAACCUACGAAGGUGAGGCCCUUGGGAUGCAAGUGAAACCCGUUGAACCAACUGUGGAUGCAGGAGCACAAGUGGAGCAGAUGGUCAAUGUGGAAUGUGUCCAGGACUUCUGUGAACCUCCAGGCUUGACAGUACAGUUUGUCUACUGUGGUGUGCAACAGCAGUUUGCACUCAAACUUCCUGUUUUUCUUAACAAGUUCCUCGAGCCAACAGCCAUGAAUUCAGAGUCAUUUUUUUCCCGCUGGAAGAACCUGUGCAGUCCAGGACAAGAAGAUCAAAAGAUCUUCAAAGCAACGCUCCCAAUGGAUGGAGAGGGCACCCGUAGCCGUCUUCGGGGCUUUGGAUUUCAGGUACUCGAGGGAAUCGAUCCCAACCCAGACAACUUUGUCUGUGCUGGAAUCGUAUACACACGAAGCCUCCAGAUCGGGUCCCUGUUGCGCUUGGAGCCCAAUCGACAGGCACAGAUGUACCGCCUCACCAUACGCAGCAGCAAGGAUGGGGUUUCCAAGGUCCUGUCGGAUUUGCUGCAAGAGCACUUCUAGCUUCACGUUGUCAUGUCAUGCUGCCAUACUUGCGUCAGUCUGUUACAUAUGUCAUAUAGGUAGUGAUCUGCAGUCUGUUCCCAUAGCAUGUAUCAGCAGAUAUCAUGAGUCAGAUUUCUGUUGAAAUAAUGUAUUAAGUUAAGCCUAUGGUUGCUUUCUCGCGGAGAAUAAAAGUCUACUCCUGUUAGUUUUGUAUUGCUGAGAAUGCUUAGCAGAGAUUUGUACCUGCUGAGGCAGAAGUGGCAUGAUCGUAUCACAACCAUGAAAUGUUCACUACCCUCUUUGCACAGCUGCACAAAUGUAUCAUCCAGUUGAUAGGGGUAAGGCCAGGUUAAUUUUAGAUGUGUUAUUGCAAAAUGUUUGCAAUUUUGUUAAAUGGUAUUGACUAAUUCAGCAGUGGAGUAUUUGAGGAAAUAUCCUUCCAACGCACACCACUUCACAAUGGAUCCCCUGGAUGUUUGUUGUGGCAUACUUAAAACCUAGUCAUGCAUAGUGUUAUCUGUUAGUGGGCCCACUGUGUUAAUACUCUUCAACUUUGCUGCAUUGUGACACUUUUCUCUCUUAGUAUGCCAGGUGAAUUAGAUUACAAUGGUUGUGCAAUUUGAUGCUACAGAGGUGGGCACUAUUGUCAUGGACCAAAUUCUUUGUUAAAAAAAAUGUGCAUUUUCUAAUUGGGUGAUGAUGGUAACACGUGUUCACUCUGUUAGUGCCACAAGUAUAUGUACUGUGGCUAAUGUUGGAACCAUGGCAUUGUGUUCUGUACAAUGUAUGUAGGCAAACCUUUUAUAUUUGUUAGCAGAAGUUUCAAAUUUCUGAUGCCUCAAGACAUGCUUUUUUUAACCUCUGAAAGAUUCCUUAAACAUUCCACAUUUUUUCUGGCUAUCCAGUACCUUCUUACAAGGAGCUUGUGAAAUGUACUUGUAUACUAAUCAUAGCUGGAGGACGUCCCCUUUAAAUUUUACAUGUUCAUUGCUACUGGUCACUACAUGGGGGUCAUGCUUCCCGUUUACUUAAUGCAUGGACUGUUGCAGCUUAGUUACUAAGUGCUCACAAAAUCCUCCCCUAGAGAUUAUUGUGCUUCUAGAAGAGCUAUUGUAACAGGGAUGCUAUCUUUAAGCACCUUGUAUCAGUGAGAUAGUACUACAAAGAAGUUUGUGUUGUGUGGUGUAAUGUCAGAGAUUAUAUGCAAUUGCAGUUGGAACUUGCUGCCAUUGAUGUAAACUGGCUUCCCAAUAAAUACUUUGAAGCUCUAAAUACA